AUGCCCCUUCAGUCAGACAUUCUCCGUGAGGUGUGGACAUCAGAUGGGACACCAUCAUUGGCAACUAUAUCAACUUUGUCACUCAGGUGGAAUGGCAAUAGUGUGAAUGAAGAACCUGGAAGCCCUCAGCAGCAGAGACUGAAUAAGCAGCCACAUCUGUUGGAACAGAAGCUAAAGAAGAAACGUCCAGAAGCUACACUGGAAGCCAAGCCAAAAAAAACCAGAGUAAAAAAGCAAGAAGAAUCAAGUCCUACAGAGGAUACUGCUGCCCUGCCACAAACUACUGUCAAAAAAGUGAGAAAGAAGAAAGAAGAGAAGCCAGGAGAUGAAAGUGAGAAGGAUCCAUAUGCCAAAUUCAUUAAAGAUCCCAGAAAAAAGAAAGAAAAACCUACUUCUCACUUUAGUGUGACCAAAGCACCAAAGAAGAAACAAGAAGGCUCUGAAGGUGAAGACUCUGAAGAUGAUGAGGAGGAAGAGACAGAACCUGAAGAUCCACCAAAAAAGCCAAAAAGAAAGGUUCACAAAGAGGCUCCAUCUGGUGAAAUCAAGGAAAGGAAGCCCAAAAUUAAAGGAGAUAAAGCUGAACCUGAAGUCAAGGCACGAACCACAAGGACUUUGAAGAAGGAGCCAGCAGCCUCUGUGUUCCAAGUGAAUGGGGACAAGAAAGACAAAAAAGUCAAAAAGAAAGACCUGAAAACCAGUGAGGCAGAUGAUGAUUCUGAUUCAAGCACCAAGCCAACAAAAAGUGAGAAAAAGAAGAACACUACUUCAAUGUUUCAGACUGGAGGAGAAGCCCCUAAGGAGAAGAAAACAAAAAAGAAAGUUCCCCCCAAAGCCACCAAGAAUGAAAGUGAGGAAGAGGAAGCAGCUCAGAAGAACACCAACAAGAAAGGAAAAGCAAAGAAAUCCAAGAAGGUCUUCCUGCUGGCUGGAAGAAAGCGCAAGAAGAGCAAGACCUCUAAUUACCUGAUUUCCAUUGAUCCCACUGACUUGUCUCGAGAUGGAGAGAACUUCAUUGGAAAGUUGAGGUCCAAUUUGAUGGGCACUCGGUUUUCAAUAUUUGACAAUGGUGUAAACCCUGACAGGGCUAAUGCAGAUUGGUCAAAUGUGCGCCAGGAGCUUGCAGCUGUCAUUUAUGAGACAAAUGUAUUAGGGUUCAAGGGACCUCGAAAAAUGACAGUGGUCAUCCCUGGAAUGAAUUCGGACAAUGAGAGGGUGCCAAUCCGCCCCCGAAAUGAUAAUGAUGGCCUGCUUAUAAGGUGGCAAAGUAAAAUCAUGGACAACCUAAUUGAACUUCAUAACAAAGCCCCAGUGUGGAAUGAUGAAACCCAGUCGUAUGUGCUGAAUUUUCAUGGCAGAGUCACUCAUGCCUCUGUCAAGAACUUCCAGAUUGUGCACAGCAAUGACCCUGACUACAUCGUCUUGCAAUUCGGUCGUGUAGCUGAUGAUGCUUUUACCAUGGAUUACAACUACCCACUUUGUGCUGUGCAAGCCUUUGCCAUUGCCCUGUCUAGCUUUGAUGGAAAACUGGCCUGUGAAUAG